ACUUAGAUUAUGUUUGUACAUGUGCAUCACGUGUAGGGCAACAAUAACAACAACAAUUCUAUCAAACUAUGAUGUAAUGGAUUAAACUCAACUGCUGGUCUUGUAAAAUGCCCUGGAGAUACCUUAUCAGGUUCUUUACCCAUAAUGAGCAACUUAUCCAGAAGCUAUCAGAAACUGGACCAAUACGUUAUGCAGCUAGAAUGACAGUAUACUGGUUCUUAAGGGCUAAAGAAACAGGUAUUGAAAAAUUAAAGAGAGACCCUAAUUCAAUUGAAGACACAUCAAGAGGAAAACGGUUUUCUGACAGAUUUAAAGAGGAGUUGGAGAAAGGAAUGAAAGAAUUAGAAGAUAAGAAAGAUAAGGAUAGGAAUUAAUGAAAAAUCUCAUGUAAAAACAUUGGUGAAAUUUUUUCGGGAUGAUUCUUGAAUAUUCAGGAUUUUAAGACUAAAAAAAAACCACAUUUUCUCUUCAUAAUACUGUAAAAAAUGUGGCAACAUACAGGUUUAAAAAAAAAUGUCUUUCACUCAUGGAUAAGUUUUGCGUAAAGUCAUUUAUAUUACUCACUAUUUCAAGGAAUGGAAGGAAAAGGUGCCAAAGCAACUGUGAUCAUAUACUUAAUCAUAAUGCAUUUUUAACAAAUUUACCAAAAAAAUAUGUGUAAUGGAUUAUUAAUAUUGCACAGUGAAAAUUUAACCUUAAUUUGCUGAAUUGGUGUAAUUUUCCCUGAAUGUUUGUAAUUGAAUUGCCUAUCUUUGAAUUUGGAUCCAUUCAAAGUUACUUUAUUAUGAAAAUACAAAAAUCGAGUCACCAAUGGAAACUGUACAUUUGCUUGGUCAGACAGCUCAGGUCUAUGCUGGUUGGAAAGACUAAUCUAUUUUGUUCCAGCAGGUUAAAGCAGCACGCCUCCAGAUUUAUGCUAAUUUUCAUGAACAUUUUGAAAAUGUAUUUUAAAGUAAAAUAUUGUGAAGUGAACAAAGAAAGUAAAUUAUACAUUGCAAACGGCACUUACAGUCCACGUAAAUAACCAAAAAGAGGUCAAAAUAUACAUUAAUACCUCUAACUGUGUUAGUAACGCAGUAGAAUUAUAGUGAUUUAUGCUGCAAAAUCGGUCAU